AUGUCACAUUCGAGAAAACCCGAUGAUUCUCAAGAAGCAACAGAAAAUAGUCCAUUGCUUCUUGAAGAGUCAAUUGAUCCUACUAAUCAAGAAACAUCGUCAUGCAUACAAAAUCUUCGAAAACCUCAUGUUCUAUGGAUGAUUGUCUUUAGUAUCACCUUAUCAACCAUUAUGACUUCUAUUAUAGCACCUUUAGCAACAUUAUCAAUAGGUUACAUUUCAACACUUUCAGAUUUUAAGGGUCGUAGAUUUGUGUAUAGGUUAUCAACACUUGGUAUAAUAUUCGGAUGUUCUUUUGUAAUUAUUACAUCUCAUUACUGGAAAAUUGUUGGCAGCAACCUUUUAUUUAUUGGAGCAAUUAUCGAAGGAUUACUUGGAGGUGUGAUUGCUAUAAACACGGCAUGUCAUGCCUAUAUAAGUGAUUGCACUAAACCUGAAAAUAGGAGUGUUGCAUUUGGACUUAUGCAUGCCUCAGCAUAUUGUGGAAUGGCGCUUGGUCCAGUGUUGGGAGGUGUUAUUGUUGAGGCUACGGGAUCUGCACUUUUAGUGUUCUAUGUGGUUGUUGGUGCACUCUCUGUAUUUUUUAUUUUUGUAUCAUUUAUACUUCCAGAAUCACUUUCGCCAGAAAUACGUCGUCAAAACGAAUCGUCAACUUCUUUACCAUCGCCAAAAUAUAUAUUUUCAGCUUUGAUGAUUCUUAAUCAAACACCUGUAUAUUCUGGAAACAUUAUAAAUAAUAUAUGGAAGAGGAAUGUGCUGUAUAUUCUUUCAAUAAUUUAUUUUAUAUAUAAAAUGUCACAAGCUGGCCAAAAUGAUCUAAUCGCAUUAUAUACAACACAAAAGUUUGGCUGGUCAACAUUAGAAAACGGGGUUUUUUUUACACUUCAAGCAUUAACCCGAUUUAUGGCUCUAAUAGUCCUCUUACCUUUGUUUCGUAUGUUGCAAGGAAAAUAUCUAACUACAUAUUCACGAACUCUAGAUCUUACGAUGUUGAGAUCGGGGUUAAUCAUGGAAGUGGCCGGAUUCGCGUUAUAUGCCAUUGCAAUAGACCCAAAUAUGUUUUAUUUUGCUUGUGUGGUAAACAGUUUAUCCACAAUAGCAACGCCAGCAAUCAGAACUUUAUUUACUACGUUUGUCUUGCCUACACAAGCAGGACAAAUAUUAGGUGCUUUGAGUGUUAUCGAAAGUGUGGGAAGUAUAUUAAGUCCUUUAUUUUUGAACUCUUUGUAUAGCUGGUCUGUAAUGAGAGGACUUGACGAAAUCGUGUUUUGGGCAAAUAGUUUAUUAUUUGUCAUUGCUACUUUUUUGGCAUUUUUAGUUUUAUAG